AAAAAAUUAUGUUCUAAUUUCUUCACAUUUAAUACCUAACUAUUUAACAAGGUUUAAAUUUAUUUCUCAUGCAGAUAUUAGCAACCAUGAAACUUCUGCUUCUACUUUUAUUCGUCGGUGCCGCGUACGGUACAAUCGUGACUACAGUCACUGUAAACAGCUACGCAACAUAUGCUAGUUCUGGCAAUGCUGUGACCCUCCCAUGUUCGUAUACAAUGGAACCUAAUGAAGACCAACCUCCAAUUAUUUACUGGAUCAAGGGUGUAAGUGUGGACGACUCGAAUGCGGAGGUUAUAUUCAAGGGAUUCCGUUAUUGGAACGAAACUUUGGGAGAAUAUCGUCAGUUCUUUGGUGACUACUAUGGAAGAGCAUCAGUGGCCGAUUUAAAGGAACCCUCCAUUCAGUUAAAUUAUGUAACAUCUCAAGAUGAAGGACGAUACUGGUGCAUGGUUGCCGAAUGGUCCGGAAGGCAACAAGAAGGAACUGACGCCGAUGGUUUGGCACUCAUGGUUGAUGGACAGAAAGAUUACGCGACCUCUUUCAAAACGGAUGCGAGCGUGACUGUCAGCGUGGGCGAUUCCGCAACUUUAUCGUGUGCCGGUGACACAACAUUUGAUACAGUGACGUGGUACGAAGGACCUUUCCAUCUUCCAGACAGCGAAAACUUCACUUACACCGAGAUUGGAACUUACUCGAAAAUAGGAACAUUUGAUUUAAACAGUCAACAAGUAGAAAUGGAAGCCGGAUUUACUGAGAUGUUCAUCGACCUUUUCCUUUCACUUCAUAUUCCCACUACCGAUAUGGAAAACGCUGGAAGAUACUGGUGCGAGGUAUCGCUCUCUACCGCCUCUAACGUCGAAUUGGAGACAGACAGGUCUUCUGUCCUAUUGGUUGUCCAGUCUCCUCCAUUUGAUUGCGCUGGAAAAGCACCUGGUCUUUAUCCCGAUCCAGAUGAUUGCUCCAUGUACUAUGAAUGUGUUGCUGGUAACCCACUGACUUAUCACAGGUCAUGUGGUUACGAUGGCCUCGUUUUUGAUGCAGCAAACAAUUACUGCGAUUGGGCUGCUAACGUAGCGCCACCAUGCGGGACAAGCAGCAAUUAAAAGAAGAACUGCAUCACUUGACACGCCAUUACAAUGCGUAAAUAAAAAAAAAUAAAAAAUCGUGA